AUGAAUAACAACAAAAUUGAGAAGGAGAACGAGCAGACGGAGUUCAGUAACCACGAAGAAGAGGUCCGGACUCUAUUCGUCAGUGGGCUUCCUCUGGACAUUAAGCCACGCGAGCUCUACCUCCUGUUCAGACCAUUUAAGGGCUACGAAGGCUCCUUGAUAAAACUUACUUCCAAACAGGGAUUAGCGCCAUUCGACAGGAAGUUACCUAAAGACUGGGAAAAGUUUACAGACGGGGGGGGGGGGAUGAAGGCGCUGCUCCGACUUGCCUGUGGCGCUGGGAUGCUUGCGUCGAAAACCCCGGCGGGAUGUGCACGAGGAGAGAUCGUUUUGAAGGCGUGA